AUGGCAGAGCUGCUGACGAGCAGAGCGGACAAAUGGUUCCAAGCAAGGCGCCUCCAAGGGGCUGACUGGAUCACAUUUCGGCGCGAAUUCCUCGAGUUUUUUCUUCCACCCCGAUACCUCCAGCGCUUGGACGACCAGAUUCGGAGUCGUGAGCAACUGAAAGGGGAAACGUUUAAAGACUUUAUGCUAGAUCUUCGAGUUCUCAUGCGCCAUGCGGGCUACAACGAAACCCAAGAGCUGGAUAGGACCAUUGUGGAACUGGGUCAGUUGGCCACUGAGUUCGAGACCGUCCGGCGAAGUGCUCUGGAUAACGUGAUUGGGCCAGACCUCGACCCAUACGCCUUCGCCUACCUCGAUGACAUUAUUGACAUCGGAGCCAGCCUAGGAGAACACAUGGACAGUCUGCGCAAAGUCUUUGAACGAUUGAGGAGAGCCAACCUGCGCAUCAACCAGGAAAAGUGCUCAUUCUUCAAGAGGAAACUGGCCUACCUCGGGCAUGUGAUCAGUGACCAGGGCAUCCACACCGAUCCGGACAAGGUUGCCGCCGUACGAAACCUGAGCCCUUCCACGAGCUUACGGGAGCUGAGGAGAUGCCUCGGGAUGGCCUCAUGGUACCGGCGAUUCGUACCCAACUUCGCCUCAGUGGUCCAGCCCAUGACCAACCUGCUGAGGAAAAACCAACGGUGGAAGUGGGAGCCGGAGCAACAGAGUGCCUUCGAUCUCCUGAAAAAUUUACUGACAGACGCACCCGUGCUGGCAUGCCCAGAUUUCUCCGUCAAGAUGACACUCCAGACUGACGCCAGCAACUACGGACUCGGGGGAGUACUAACCCAGGAGAUCGACGGCCAGGAACGAGUCAUUGCCUACGUCAGUCGCAAGCUCGAUGCCGCGGAGUUGAAUUAUUCACCUACGGAAAAAGAAUGCUUGGCCAUUGUCUGGCGAAUACGGAAAUUCGACGUAAUCACCGACCACCUGGCCCUGAAAUGGCUUGACCAAAUAGAAAACCCAACCGGAAGAAUUGUCAGAUGGGCCUUAGAACUCCAGCAAUAUCAAUACGACAGACUUACGCAAGGCGAGCAGCAGUGCAAGUGGCUGCAACGAAAGAUGAAUGACGGUCGAGGCGACCCACAGAAGUUCCCCGACUUCAUCAAUAAAAACCUCGGCCACCGUCCAGAUGACCAGGACUACGUACCGUGGAAGCUAAAGACCAUCAUCAGAAUCUCGCAGAAGUACUUCUGGCCAGGGAUGUUUCGCGAUGUGCGACGAUACGUACGUCAAUGUAUGAAAUACAAGUCAGAACAGCGACAACAAGCCGGAAAGAUGCUAACAAGACAGAUCAGUGAACUCUUUGGCAUACUGUGUGCGGAUUUCGUCGGACCGCUGCCCCGCUCUAAGGAGGAGAAUACCAUACUCCUCGUCUUUUUCGACACCUUCACCAACCAUUUCGGAGCACCGAGGAAACUGGUGUGCGAUAACGGUUCACAAUUCAUCAGCAAGGCAUUCAAAGACUUCCUUAAGGAAACGGGAGUGGAACCCCAAUUCACCGCCCCAUACUGCCCACGAGAGAAUCCGACCGAGCGCGCGAAUCGCACAGUCAAGACGAUGAUCGCCCAGUACGUGGCGAAUGGACAGAUCACCUGGGACAGUAACACCGACGAUGAAGACAGCGAAACCACCAUUGAGGACCCCGGCGACCAACACGGACAGUCCCAAAGAGGUCAACCGACCGACACUAGCAACGGGGGCGACGACGAGGAAGGACGCGGGGAACUGGGUCCCUUUGUCGAGGACGCCAGCGACAACGGGAGCGAGGAUGCGUACUCAAUGAGCAGCCGGGAGUACGACGACGACCCACAGGAAGGCGCGGCACACUACGUGUACAUGGGCAAGGACCGAUGA